GCGCGCCGCAGUCUGGGCUCCCGGAGGCCCCGUCACGUGUCCGCUGCGGCCGCGGGACGGGUCUGAUCAAUUUCUGCCUGCAUCUGCGUGGACGCUGCGCCCACCGACCGGAGUUCCGGUGGUGAAGAGUCCUUUCCAAAUAUAAGAGGAAUAAAGAAGUCACCUCCCCAGCUGUCAUCAUCUUCCAACAGAUUGAGCAAGAGUAUUUUCAGCACUAUAGAAAAGACAGUCCAUCAAACCGUAGAUGAUGAUCAGCCGUGUGAUUUUUUCAAGAAAAGGAAUAGGGUGAAUGAAUCUCAUCAGAAAAGCAGCAGUAUGAAUGCUGGCCUAUCUUGGAAUAAAGUACAGCAUCCAGAAAGUUCUGCAGGAAAAAGACAGAGUCAGCCUGAAGGGCGCCAUGUUUCUUCCCGGCUGAGAAGGAGCCUUGUGGGUGGCUCUCAGCCAGCUGAGAGUAAACUUAAAGGAAGUGUUUCCCCAGAAGGAAAACCCGAGAGGGAUCUGCUUGGACCCACGUGUCAGGGGGCCUCAGGGAACAGAUUAUUUCUUGACUUUCAGUCAAUGAAAAUCAUGAAAGAAGAUGCUGAUGAAGACAGUGCUAGUGAUCUCUCUGACUCGGAGAGAGUUCCCAUCCCCCCUUCUCCCCUCACGCCUCCAGAUCUGAAUCUUCGAGCUGAAGAAAUUGAUCCAGUGUACUUCGAUCUUCACCCCGGCCAGGGCCAUGCCAGACCUGGGUACUAUUACCCUGAUUUCCUCCCCCCCCCUUUUAGCUCCUGGGACCUACGGGAUAUGGCCCUGCUUCUGAACGCAGAGGGUAAAAGCGAAGCCGUGCCACGAGCCGGAGGACUGCUUGGGAAAUAUAUCGACAGGCUUGUCCAGCUCGAGUGGCUGCAGAUCCAAACUAUACAGUGUGAAAAAGGGAAGGGGGCCAAAGCAAGGCCCCCCGCCACCCCAGGGACUUCAGGGGCUCUGAAGAGCCCUGGGAGGAGUAAGCUGAUUGCUAGCGCUCUGUCCAAGCCACUACCUCACCAGGAAGGGGCUUCAAAGUCAGGCCCUUCACGAAAGAAAGAUGUUCACCAUGAAGUCCGUCCAUCAUACUACACGUUUGAGGCUUCCCCCAAACCCAGUGAUAUACGGGGUAGUAGCAGGUUAUGUUCUCAGAAGCAAACCCUUGAAAUGAGGACAGAAGAGAAGAAAAAAAAAUCAAGUAAGAGUACAAAGCUGCCGCGUUGGGAUUUGUCCUGCAGUGACAGCUCUAAGGUGGAAGUCAAUGGUAACAUUCGAAUUCCCAGACAGUCAGCCGUGAUUCUGGACUCAGCGGACUCCUGCAAGGCCACCAGAACACAAGCACAUGCAAAUCUUAAGAAAAAGGGAAAUGCAAAUAGCUGUGGUCGUGCCAGUGUAUCCAGUGAGAAAAAACUCAAAACAAAUGGAGUGAAGCCAGCCAGUGUAUCCAGUGAGAAAAAACUCAAAACAAAUGGAGUAAAGCCAGCCAGUAUAUCCAGUGAGAAAAAACUCAAAACAAAUGGAGGAAAGCCAGCCAGUAUAUCCAGUGAGAAAAAACUCAAAACAAAUGGAGUAAAGCAAAACACAUACAAAUUAAAAUGAUACCUGAAAUGAUAAAUUGCAAAGACCUGCAGAUACACAAAUAGUGGAGCUCUUCCAGAAGUUAUGAUACUGUGAAUGUUAAGAAAUUUUAUGAUUACUGACA